UCAAUGGAGUGAAGACGUUUGUUGUGAGAUUUGUUUCCUAUUAUUUCGCCUUCCGUCGUUUAAUUAAUUCUGUGUGAUCAAAAUAAAUAGAUAGGAAAUAAAUCUUUUAUUACUUUACACAGAGUAUAGCUCAGAAUUUUUUUUCUAAGUGUCUAAAUGUAGUUUUAUUAGAAUGUUUUUCGAGCGUAUAUUGUUGUCUGUGUUCUGCCUUGGAAUAGAAGCAUUUCCCUUGGCUUUAUCUGAGGAGGUGGAGAUCAGGGAUGUAGCUGCAGAUAAGGGUACAAACGUGACGGUGCCCUGUGGCAGUCUAGACGCAGUACCACUGCCAAACGUGCAGUGGGUGCACAGGGGCAAUCGGACACACCAUGAAGUUUUGAACGACGGUAGCUUACUACUUAAAAAUAUAGGCGUAGAUGACGCAGGAUUGUACGAAUGCUCAGUGGAGAACGAGACAGCCUACGUCGAUAGAGUCAACCUCACAGUGCGGACGGAGCCGCCACCACUAGUGAACGUGACCGUCCACGCGUCCACCAUUCUGGCGCUGAUACUCUGGAAUGUAGCUGGUGAUGGUGGCCACCCCAUCAUAGACUUCACCGCACAAUACCGAUCGGCAGCACCUGUUAAUGGGACUCUAGAGCCCUGGAGGCCUAUCAGCCCUAACCACAUCAGUCCGAAUUCGCGCCAAGUAGACGUGUAUCACUUAGAUACCAACGCGUCUUAUUGGUUCAGAGUGUGGGCAACUAAUGCUUUGGGGCCCGGUCCACCGGUGGAGGUGCUGGCCACCACACUCUACAGCGACCAGGAGGCUGAGCUAUACAAGCACUUCUUCUCUGGCGCGGAGCAGUUCGACACACGGACGUGGGUGGCGGCGGUGUGCGUGGUGAUGGGCACGCUAGUGGUGCUGGCGGCCGGCACGUGCGCCGUGCUCUGCCGCGAGUGGCGCCGACACGACUACGUCGAAGAUCAAGACGUAAUGGAACUAGUGCCUAACAUAAUCCUGAACCCUGGUUUCAUGGAGAUGGACCCCAUCAGGCCGCGGGAGCCCCUUGCCUCCUCCAUCAUCAAGUCGACGGAGUGUCCUGGCCCUGGGAAACCGAGGCGUGUUUGAUUCUCGUCAAUACUUAACCUUAGGAUAUUCUAUCGCACCGAUUCCGGCCUAUUGUCAUGAUCGUGGGCGACACACGACAGAACUGUGGUGGUUGAUAAAAGCGUUAAUGUUUGGACUAUAACCAACCAAGAAUUGGGCUCAGUGGCCUGAAUUAUUUGCUGCUGCAUACACCAUUGUCAAAGGUUAAACAUAAAGAGAUAUUCUUUUAACCUUUGAGAACAUGGAAACUAAUUGCUUUGGCUCGUUCGUCAAUUUCAUUGAACCGCUUAGAAACGCUUUUAUUUCCAUCACGGAGUCUGUGCCAAAAUGUGUAUUUUGGAUGGAGAGGAGUACGUUUUUAAAUAUCAGUAUAUGACAUUAAUAUGCCUUGCCUGAUGCCUUUAAUUUGUGGCUAUUGGUUAAUCGUGUGAGAGAUACAAAAAUCGAUUGUAUAGCGCCAAUAUUACUUUCAUCUGACGAUAUUUGAAAACGGCUCACAAACGCUAGGGUAAAGAUGGACAUAUCAAAGCAUGUUUCGUUUAAUUAGCCGAUCGGAGCGAUAGGGUAGCCGGGUUAAAUAGGGCACUCGAGUUUCUCAAAAGUGAUGAACAAACAUCUCUCCUGUAUAAUGUCCGUAGGCGCUAAUGUAUAUUUAUAAAUCUGCAUGUCAAUUAUAAAUAUAAAAAUGCUCAUUAAAAUUAUUAAAUUACGUCUGACAAACGUCACCAAUGACAGCUGUCAACGAGAAAAGAUAAUUCAUUAGAUUGUUCGUUUAAAAUGUUUGUGAAAUAUUGUAUUUUACGAUAAGCUUGUCAUACUUUUGAGAAACAGUGUUGCCACUAAAGCAAAUAAAAUGCUUGUAACUAAUCACUGAGAGAGAUCAUUUCUAGUUUUGUAAGCGUUUCGUGUUUAACCGUAGUGGUGGUUGCCAUAUACAAAUAAGAAUAACGUAGUGUUCGCUAUGAUAUUGUACACGUUUGUUUCUAAGAACUGAUGCUUGCAUUUACUUUUUAUACAUUUACACGUAUUCGCCGUAAGUCUGACACGGACGCUUUAUUUUAUAAUUGUAGCUUAUAGGGGCGGUAACAUGUAGUUGCUUGGUCUGGUUUGAUCUCUCGAAAUAGCAGGAGAAUGUGAUGGAAAAUUGUUUUAUUAAAACGUUAAAAGAAAUUACUAUACCGAAACAAUCCUUGUACUUUGUACCUACAACCUGACCAAGCAGUAAUAUUUUGUACGGCACUAGCUACGUGUUACCAUUCCUAUAAAAUAGUCUCCAUUCUGGCAACCCCAAAAUCUGUUUGAAAACUUUUUUAGGAAACAUAUUGCUUAACGUUCAAUAUUGUUAAUGUUGCUAGCUAUAGUGAUAGAAUAUUUUUAAUUAUAUAUAUAUUUUGCUAUAUUUUAGAUGAUAUUUUUAUAACGAGGAUCUCAUGUAUUUAAGACACUUAACAUUUUAAUAUUGAAAUGUCGGUUUAUUUUCUAUUUAUUUGUGAUUUUGAACGCUGUGAUUAUUGUGUUUUCCGUAAAUUGAGUUUUUUUUGUAAUGUAAGCUAAGGGAUAAGUGUAAAUAUUUUGAUAUAUAUAUCGUACGGAGACUGGUGCAAUGGUAUUGAAUAAUAUAGUUAGUAUUUAUGUAGUGGCGUAAUAUAAGCUUACUUGUGGGAGCGCCCAGUGUAGCGUAGCUAAGGUACACUGCUUUGUUGAAAGUUUUAAUAAAUGACAAUAUAGUAGUGGUUGUAUUACCCGUGUUAUGUCCUGCGACACUUGAAGGCAAUGAUGCGAAAGACUGGGCCAGCUUUGUAAGCACCAUCGGUAUUCUUCAAGUAUUCUUAAAAACAUUUUUAGCCAUCUGACAGCUGUCAACUGUGACAGCUAUCUCGAAAAUUAAAAAAAUAUUUGUUUGUCUGUGGAAACGUUCAUUCAUAAAAAUAUAAAAGUAAAGCUAUAGGUAGUAGUCCCAAUAAUGCUUACAAAGGCUGGUUCACAGAAUUGUCGUGAUAUGUUCGUGACGUUACGACAGAUAUAAACUAAAAGUUGAUGUUAUAACAUUGUUGUGUAAGUGUAAAGCUGUUUAUUUUUGUAUACGGCCUGUAUACAUAUCAGGGGAGCCUUAGGAUGUACAGAGAUAUACAUAGAUAUUUAUUAAAAUAACAAAUUUUAAACUUCCUUCCGAUCUUUGUGCUUGCACGCUUAGUUAAAACCGUUUUAAAAUAUCACUUAAAUAAGGAAAAUCUGGCCGUUGUUUAUAUUACAAGAUCAAUUUAAGACUAUAUUACCUUAAGUUAUUAUUGUGUAACUGUUUUAUAUUUUUUUUUAUAUAUAAUUAGAUAUUAUAUAAUAGAAUUUCAAGAUUAUAUAUUGUAGUAUAUAUUCGUUCCUAAGCGUGCAAGUAAGUAAGUUUCCCUUCUUCUUAGCUCAUUGCCUUUCUGUGCUCUCACUACCUUUCUUGUCUAUUCUUGCACUCUACUAUAAAAUAAUUAUAUAUUUGCCAAUAUUAAAAGUCUAUAUCGAAACAAUUGUGUGAUGAAUAGGAUUUGGAAACUAUAAUGCUAUCGAUGGAUUAGUUGAAUUGAAAGAAACUAGAAAAGCAUUUAUUUUGUUUCGGUUUAAAGAAAAUGUCUUUUAUCGUUAGGUUAGGUUACCUUACCUUACCUUAAAAUAUCAAUAAAAUAAAACUCCACCAAGGCUUACAGGGAUAAGAAUCCAAAUUGGCCAUUCAAAUCCUAUUCUUCAUGCUGUAACGGGUAUUCCUACGAAGUUGUGGUUGCUUCAGAAGAACUAGUUUAUAAGUGGUUAGAACUCCGCACGUAUUGUAUGAAGUUGCGUUUUCAGGUGCUUUUUAAAAAUAGUAGCAAAAUGUUUUGUUUUUCAGUAUUUUUCAGACAAUUCUUAUUAUGGAAAUAUAAAGUUUACAAUAAUGAAUAAAACCAAGUACGCUAAACUUUUUACCCAUUUAAGUAGAACAACAGGGUAACCUAACUCUAUGCGGGUUAUGUUAAUAAUUUGAACUUAUGACAACCAAGCUCAUAAUGCUCACUAGCGCCAUCUCGUGAUCGCAAAUUUUGAAAACUCCAACUUUUACAAAUACUGGUAUAUUGGUCAUUCUCACAUACGUACGGGGUUCCAACAGACGAUUGUGUCCGUCAUACGUAUCAAUGUGCUAUCUAUGUCAAUUAUGUGACUGUCUGUCUGUCUGUUGUGUCGUAUUGCGUUCCUGUCUGCACGCCUUCACGCCUUGCAUCUAAACGAGAUUGUGCUUGUAUAACAGUUAUGACUUAUGAGCCAUAUUUUUACUGUGUUCAAGUUUCAUCAAAAAUUGUCAAACAAUUUAAACAUAUUUAACUACUAUUUGCUAUAAAAAGAUCCAUUUCGCCGGGUGUAAUACAAGCACAAGUUCGAGUGUCGCAAGUACGCGCACUACUCCAUGCUCUUCCUUUCAAAUUAUAUUUAUUAACAAAUGAUUGAUAUUUUUGUAACAAAUACUGUAUUCAAUUAUUUACAACAUAGCCUUGUGUUGUGAACUUGUGAGGACUAAUCGCAAACUAUAAGAAAUAAAUAUUUAUCGUCAAGUAGUGGCAAUCCUAGAACCUAUGAACCGUCCGCGUAUAAUAGAGGGCGCACAUUACAGACUAAUCGCAAUUUUAACUUUAAACCUCCUGCAAAAUCUUGCGACUAUCUUCUCCCUUGUCUCGUAAUGCGUAGCUCUCGUUAAAAUCUAAAUGUGUUUUCUUCUUCUCUUUGAAAUCUUAAUGUAUUCGCCAGGAGAAUGACUCUCUAACGAGUUGAUCGUGUUGCUACAUAGUACGGCUUGUAGCAAUAUCUUGUAAUUUUUAAUGAAACCGGCUGUUUGUCAAUUGUCGUUUUUGGGUUGAUGGGAAACAUUUAAUUCUAUUAGGCUAGAUCAAAAGUAAAUAAUUAUUUUAUGUUGUUUUCUUUUCAAUGAUUUCUAUCGCUUAAUCAUUUGUAUUCAUUUUCCAUAAUAUUGGAUUUCUAUGUUCGUUAUAUAACUAAGUAAUUCAAAAAAGAAAUCCUCCAUUUUAUUUGGUUUAUUGACUUUAUAUAAAUGUUAAUAUACCAUCAACUCAAGUCAUCGGUGACAAACGACCUCGCCUAAUGAAUGCGUGUAGUCUAGUUAUAAUGGUUGUUAGACUAAGUGUUGUCCUAGACUAGAUGUUGACCGCUAGCGUAGAGGGCGCGAACGACGGAUUGAAGACUGCCAACCUACGGGAAAAGGUAACUUGAAAAUACAGGCAAAUGCAUCAAUAUUCAGUUAAGUUGAAAAAUAAAGUAAAUGUGCUGAUGAAAUGUGAUCUUAGGAUGAAAGAUAUUGUGUGUAAAUGGUUGUGACGACGGCUUGUGGUCUGUUUGUUGAUGCAAUUGUCUGAUAGUGUGUGCGGUGUCUUGUAUGUAGGUAUGUUGAAUGUUGCGCUUCUGAUUUUUCAUUUUUUGAAAAGUCGUGGUUUCGUCGUUUUUAUACGGAUAGGUUUUUCUAAAGCUGGUUUAUUUGGGUUUGUGUGUAAAUGGCUGGAAAUUAUUUCUAAAUUAAUGAAUCGAAGAGCCACAAGCCACUGCCAAAAGCAUGUGUUGAUACUGCAUCUUGUUUAGUCUGCGAUGUUUUCUUGCAUGCCACUUUGCAUUGUGCCUACUUUAGUUAUACACAUGUUCGUUUGUACAAAUUCUGUUUUUGCUCGCCCAUUCUCGAUCGAAUGACAGGUUCCUAAAUCGAUCGCAAAUGGUUAUUGGUCACAAAAAAGCAAUGCAUGAUUAGUAAUAAAUAAAUGUCUGAUCUAUAAAUGUGGAUUUCAUGUUAUUCUGUCUGUUCAGUUCUGUGCACUUGUAGAUUUAAUUCUCGUACAAAAGACGUAAUAUAUGUUAUUAUAGUGAUAUAGUGCUUAUUGCGGAUUCGUAUUAAUAAUUAUAUGAAUCUUCGAAUUUAUAUGACAAGUGUUUGUUAAGCUAAGGAUAGGUACAAAUAUAAAAUUGAAUAUUUUCUGUAUAAAGUGAGAUUUGGCGUCCCUUGGGGCGCUUGUGUAGUAUAAAGUCAACACCUAAAAAGCUUUUUAAUUAUAAUCUCUUUCGACAGUGAACGCUUACCAGUUAUAUGCUAGUAUUAGGGCCUAAGCAGACUUUAUUCGUCACUGAUCUAGUGAAAAUAAAACUUCAGCACAAUUUGUUUCAAUUCUAUUUCAGAAGCAUAUAAACAAUGUCUAAAAACAGUUUGUCCAUGUCCUUAGCUUGACAUAUACUUACUAUCGGCAUAUAUAUCUCGAUUUACUUUAUAUUAAAGUAAUAAUUACCUUAGGUUAAGAUUGCCUUUUAUAAAAUUAAGCACGUCCAGACGGUGAGGGCAGCGAAUCGUUUAGUUUUUCGCUAAAUAUUUAAUUCAUAAGUGAUCGUGUCAUAAUAAAUGAAUAUAAGCUGGAUA